AUGACGGCAGACGACGGUCCGUUUCCUGUCAUCGUUCACCCCUACCCAUCACCCAAGCACACCGCCUGCGCGUACGAACUCGCAGCUUCUGCACCCAAAAACGCCGUCAUUUUCAUCGGCGGCUUGGGUGAUGGACCUCACACUGUCCCAUACAUCAGGGCGGUGGCCAAACACCUAGAAGCCGCAGGUCGACAUCUGAGUUAUUCCGUCUUUGAAAUCCGCCUGAGAAGCUCAUUUAGCGGGUUCGGUACAUCCAGCCUGAAGAAUGAUGUGGAGGAUAUCGCUGCCCUUGUCAAGUAUUUGCGGGAUAUUGGCAGAGAAAAGAUUGUCUUGUUUGGGCAUUCAACCGGAUGCCAGGAUUGCAUUGAGUAUGCUGACUACUUCAAACAUGGAAAUCCACAGGUGGAUGGCUUCAUCAUGCAGGGUCCAGUAUCCGACAGGGAAAGUAUAAUCGAUUCCUUUCCCGAUUGUCAAGAGAGUCUCGCGCUCGCAGACCAGUGGAUUGCAGACGAUAGAGCCCAGGACUGCCUCCCUAGCGACAAGGUACCUCGCGCACUGGGUGCACCAUUGUCCGCAUACAGGUUCAAAUCUCUUGUUUCCAAAGGAGGAGAAGACGACUACUUCUCAUCCGAUUUAGACGACAAAACGAUAUCCAUAUUUUGGAGCCGCUUUGACAGACCCGUUCUGGUUCUACACUCUGAGAAGGACGAAUUCGUACCCAAGCAUGUCAAUCAAGCUUCGGAGAAUAAGCGCUACCAGGACGCAAAUUCAUUGGUCAGUCCAUUGUCAGGCGUGAUUCCAGGGGCCGGUCAUACCGUGCUAGAAGAGACCGCACGGGAAUGGCUCGGCCAACGAGUGGUUGACUUCUUGCGCAUUCUGGCGAAGUGA